GAGACUCGUCCGGCCUCAUCCACUUGAUGCGCGUUUGUGCUGUCUGCCGAAGCCUGACCGCGACGAAUGAGCCGUGAUGCAUGAGCAGGGCGUGGCUUUGACUCAUUCGUGAUUGCUGCCCGCCUCGCCUGCAUCCAUAUAUGCAGGCAUUCGUGAUUGAGGUUUCUUGAUGCUGUAUACCCGUGUUCAGGUUCUUGAUUGCGGAAGCUCUUUGCCUAUGCGGCGUCCUCUGGACGGGAAGCCGACCGCCCGCGUGCUGAACCCGCAGAACUCGCCGCACAGCCAGGCAAGUAUCACUCAAUCAGACUCCUUUGGCAGACGAUCGAGUAUCUUAUCCACUGACUGCUGCGUAAGCAUGACUUGCGGCGAAGGCAGAAGCGAGUGGCUACGACUUGCGCCUGCCUUGCGCGUAUAUAUAUGUAUACGUGUGAUGGCGGUCUUCGCGCGCGCCUACAGGCAGAGGAGAUACGCAUGCUCUCUGACCCGUUUGGCUGCGCAUUGCGACGGCGCAUUAAGGUGUGCUGCGCAGACACAGGGGACGUAAUGAUGAGGGAGAAGGGAAUGCAUGCAGAUGACGGC